AUGGCAAUUUCAGAAGCAUUAAAUAAGCGGAUUCGUGCGCGCCACGACGAAGAUGAGGACGACCUCGCCACCGAAUCCUCGUCGAACGAGGAGGUGGACGAGCCGAGCGAUGAAGAUGCAGAAAUGAACGACAAUGCCUCUGACGACAGUGAAAAAGACGACGAUGACGACGAAAAAGAAGAAGACAGCAUGUCAGAAUCAGCCGGCGAUGAAAACGAGGCCGUCCAGUCAGAAAUGCGCCAAAUCUCAUUCGGCGCUCUCGCCAAAGCGCAGGAUUCCAUAGGCAAACGGAAGCGCGGACAAUCCGACUCGAUAAAGGAUACGAAAGUCUCUACUUUAGAUGACAUUCGAGAACGCCUGCGCAAGGCUCGUGAAGAGAAGCAACAAGGAUCAAAAACCCCCAACAGCACGUAUGCUGAAAACAGUACAAAGCGACCAGCAGCCCGGUCUUCAAAGCACGCACCCAAAGUGCAGUCUUCCAAGUAUCAAGUAACCCGCAGACGCAUUGUGGUUGAACCGCCCAACGCGGCCAAGGCAAGAGAUCCUCGCUUCGACCCGACUGUGGCCGCGACACGCCAUAACGAGGCGGCGAUGAAUAAAGCAUAUUCCUUCUUGGACGAGUAUCGGUCUUCGGAAAUCAAGCAGCUGAAAGAACAAAUGGCUCACACCAAGGAUGCCGCGCUCAGGGAUAAACUUAAACGAGCCAUUACCUCUGCAAAAGACCGACAACGGGCGAUGGACAACAAGAAGCAUGAACAAGAAGUGCUGGGCGAACACAAGAAAAAAGAGCGCCAGCUGUUGCGAGAAGGAAAGAAGAGCCAGCCUUACUUUUUGAAAAAUUCCGAGUUAAAGCGGGAAGUGCUCAAGAAAAAGUACGAGAGCAUGGGCUCCAAAGAGCGAGCCAAGACCUUGGAGCGCCGAAGGAAGAAGGUUGCUUCAAAGGAAAAGAAAGAUUUGCCCUGGGCCAGACGGGGGAUGGAGAAUGCGGACGGUUCAUGA